GGACACGACGACCACCGUGCUCGUCAUGACGGCCACCGUGUCCGACCCGACGACCAUCCCAGCCGACCCGACCACCAUUGUGUCGGACACGACGACCAUCGUCGAUGAUCGUGUCGGACAUGAAGACGGCCGUGCUCUAUACGAUGGCGGUCGUGUUCGACACGACGACGACCGUGUUUGAGACGACGACGGCCGUGUUCGACACGACGUCGGUCACAACGACGGCCGUGCACGACACGACAACGAUCGUGUUCAACGGGCCGGACACGACGACAAGGGUGUUCGACACGACGACGGCAAUGUUCGACACAAUGGCAAUCGUGUUCUACCCGACGACGAUCGUGUUCAACACGGCGACGAUCAUGUUCGACACAACAAGGAUCGUGUUCGACACGACGGCUGUCGUGUUCGACACGACGACGACGCUGUCGGACUCGACGACGAUCUUGUUUGACACGACGACCAGCAUGUCGGACAUGACGACGAUCGUGUUCAACACGAUGACCAUUGUGUUCGACACGACGACGACAGUGUCGACCAUCUUGUUCGACACGACGACCACUGUGGUGGAAGUGUUCGAGAAAACUUGUUGACGUCACUGGUAAACCAGCACUGAACACAGUCGUCCAUGUAGGCUUUACUCUUUGUC